AUGCCCGGCUCCUCGGACAACGGCUCAUCGAGCAAUGGCGGCAACCACUCGGGCCCCAGCCCUUCUCACGACGACUCCAUGGCGCCUCGCGAUGCGCAUCCCGACAACUCCAGCGUCCCCAAGCCAAAGCGCCUCGCUUGCAUGAUCUGCAGGAAGCGCAAGCUCAAGUGCGACGGCAUCAGGCCCAGCUGCAGCACCUGCUCGCGCCUGGGACACAACUGUGCCUACGACGAGCAGCGGAGGAAGAGCGGGCCCAAGCGUGGCUACGUCAAGGCCCUGGAGGAGCGACUCAAACAAGUCGAGACGCUACUAAAGACCCAGGAGCCGCCGGCAAAGAGCCCAACAAAGGGUGUUGGCAUGCAAAUGCCAGCCGCCCACAAUCAGACCAAUCCUCCUGCGGCUAUGCCUAUGCCCAACCCCAAUAUGGGCAUGAAUGGAGACGAACGCUGGCAAUUCAACAAUGGCGAAUCGCCUCAAGGAGCGCCUCUCGACGACUUUGGCUUCAAUGCCAACAUGGGCAUGCCCGUCAACAACAUGCCCGGAAACUUCACCUGGGAGAUGAUCGGCCUGGGAUUGGAGGAGCCGCUACCGCCACAAGAAACCAUUGAUGAACUCCAUCAGAUUUACUUUGAAAAAGUUCAUCCGUCGAUGCCCAUGAUUCACAGAUACCGGUACCUGGCCGCGAUGAACCUGGCACCAAGUGCGCGACCUCCAGUCUGUUUACGAUACGCCAUGUGGACAUUGGCCUGCUCCAUCUCAGACAAAUACACAGAUCUCAAAGAUCUCUUUUACCAGAGGGCACGCAACUACGAGAUGAAGAUGAUGUACUUUCCUAGGGCCUGGAUCAACACCGGCUCUGCCGUCCGCCUAGCACAAAUGAUUGGACUGCACCGUAUGGAUGGCAGUGGCUUGGACGUCAAACAGUGCCUGCCGCCGCCAAAGGAUUGGACCGAGAGGGAGGAGAGAAGAAGAACGUUCUGGAUGGCCUUUUGCGAGGAUCGCUAUGCCAGCAUCGGCACCGGUUGGCCCAUGACGAUCGACGAAAAGGACAUCAAGACCAACAUGCCUUCGUCGGACGAAGCUUUCGACAUGAGUCGUCCGGAGCAGACGCUUACUCUGGAGGAAUGUACGAGCCCAUCUGGGGCCGGCAAGCUCUCGUCCUUUGGCGGCAUCAUCCUCAUGGCCUGUCUGUUCGGCCGCAACCUGAUUCAUCUACACCGGCCCGACGACGACGACCUCGACCACGACAUCAACGGCCCGUUCUGGAAGCGCCAUCGACAAAUGGACCACAUUCUCCUCAACACAUCUCUCUGCCUUCCCUCCCACCUCAAGCUUCCCGCCGGCCUGGCCAACCCCAACGUUGUAUUUACCAACAUGAGCAUCCACACGUCAACGAUCUGCCUUCACCAGGCAGCCAUCUUCAAAGCGGAGGCGAACAAGCUUCCGGCCUCUGUCAGUUCGGAAAGCAAAGUCCGAUGUAUCACUGCUGCAAACGAGAUUGCCAGCAUAAUGCGGACAAUAUCGCACAUGGAUCUAUCUGCAGUAAGUCCGUCCCGGACGCAUAUUGUUCAACGUGACCCGGUGGCAACUGCUAACAUGAACCCAUUCAUUGCCUUCUGCCUCUAUGUCUCUGCCCGGGUCUUCAUACAGUACCUCAAGAGCAAGCCUGAUGAUGCGCAGACGAUUGAUUCGCUACGAUUCCUGAUCUCGGCCAUGAACGCCCUGAAGCGGCGGAACCCUCUGACCGAGUCCUUCCUUGUGCAACUCGAUGUAGACUUUGAAACUCUAGCACAAAAGAUUCCCAGGCUGAGAGGCGCGUUCCCUCGCCCUGGCGAUACUCCCAAGGGACUCCCUGUACGCGCCGGAGCUGUUUGCGAUGAUCCGGAGGGUGUCAAGGGCAUCUUGUCCUACCGAAACGAAUGCCACUUUAUGAAGACGACGGGCGAUAACGGCAACGCAGCCACAGCCCCCGACAUCACUGAACCCUCCACCGAUUCCCAGAGCAUGUCGACGUCAAACUCCAACAAUUUCGGAAACGGGGCGUGGCUUACGGCCGAGCAGCAAAUGCACGUGUUGACGCCAAACUCUAGUAGCAUGUACGAGAAGAACAUGGGCGGCGGCGGCGGCGGGUUAACUGGCUUUGGCGACCAUCUCGAUCAAGAUGCCUCCGGAUCUCCCGACGUGCAAUCUGCUGGACGGACCCCCAACUCGAGCGGCGGCGCAUCGGACACGCGACCUCACCUAGUACCGGGCCAACUUUCCGGUGGUGCGUCGGGACACGAAUCGUACCGUGCGAGCCCCAUAUCGCCGCAGCAAACGAUGAUGAACCACGGUGGCAUGGACAACGGUGCUGCUCAAGGGUUCUACAACGACCCCAAUGGCUUCUCGAUGGCUACGGGCAUGGGAAUGCCACAAGCACCUUACGGCAUGUCCAAUGGGUGGGGAGGACUCAAUGGCCCAACGGCUGGGAUGCAACCAGUCGGCGGUGAGGGUGUCCUGAGAGCAUUGAUGAACAUGGGGCCCAUGGACGCAAUGGAUCUGUCAUCGUGGGACUCUGGCAACCCUCAUUAG